AUGAAUACUUCACCAUUUGCACUUAUAAUCUUGUUUAUUAAUAUAGGCUAUUGUCAAUCAUCCACUUACGUUAAUUGUAUCAAUUAUCAGGAUGCUGCAUAUCGAGAAACAAUGGGUGAAUAUAUAACUUAUCGCCCAGGCUCAUUUUAUAUUCAAGAUUCUGAUCAAUCUGGUUAUGUUAACUUUAUCAAACUCUCUCCACCGGUCAAUUCAAAUGUUAUGUUUGAUUCAACUUAUGUGCCGGUCGCUGGUCGAUGGAAUAAGGAGUAUUUUUGGGAUGGUCUGGGUUUAUUCGAUCCGAAAAGUUUAAUAUUUUAUUUAAAAAAUGUUGCCAGUUCUGGUUCAGCUGAUAUUAGCAUCAAAUAUAUCCCUGUUGAUGACCAAUCAAAUAAAGACUUAUUACCAGUUGUUGGAGAUUGGACAGGACAAGGUUUUGAUUCAAUUGGAGUUUAUGAUCGCUCAAAAAAAUCCUUUUAUUUAAGAAAUACAAAUACAAACGGAUCAGCUGAUAUUAUUUUAUCAAUUAAUGAUACAUUCAAUGUUGCCACAUCUAAUCCAGUUGUUGGUGAUUGGCAGAAUGAUGGAAUCAUCCGUGUUGGCGUAUAUGAUGAGCAAACAUCAAUAUUUAGUAUUCGACUAACAAACGACCCAUCAAAUAAUACAAUAGAACGUUUUCAGUUUGGUCCCACCUUUAGUCAACGAAUUGGAAUAGCUGGCCAAUGGACAGUUAAUAAAACUGGUGUCGGAAUAAUUUUGGGUGGGGAUUGGAUAUUAAAGUAUUCUUUAGCGAGUGGUGCUGGUGAUGCAGAAUAUGGAAUGAUUCCACGAGCUGUCGAACGGUUAGAAUUACCGGUUGUGGGUCGAUUCCAACCGUCACGUUGUCGUACGAUAACUAAUAAUUCAACCGCAAAUCCGACACCUCUAUGGGCUCAAAAUGCGAUUGUCUAUGAAAUGCGUAUAGAGACGUUUACUGAUGUUAUUAUGUUUGGCAAAAAUGCAUCAAGUUUUCAAGCAGCUACUACUCUUUUAUCACAAUUAGCUGAUUUAGGUAUAACACUACUAUCACUGAAUCCAAUUUUAAAUGAUGGCUGCACUAGUGUUACCAUAGACCCUCGUAUUCUUAAUGCCUAUAGUAACAAGUACCCAAAUAUAUUAAAUCCUUGUUUAUCGACUAACAGAAGUGACCCAACACAAGUAGAUCAAGAAUUUACUCAGUUUGUCUCAACCGCACAUCAGUUUGGAAUGCAUGUUAUUGUUGAUAACGUCGUACAUGGCAUUGAUCCUUCAAGUACAUAUAUAACUACACUGCCGGCAGACUUUUUUAUGCAUUAUGAAAAUGGUAGUUUCAUUAUAACACAAUGGGGUACUGUUGCAUUAGAUUGGAGUUCUCAAGCAUUACGGUCAUGGUGGAUUUCAAGUAUCGGUUUAAAAUGGGUUCACACUUAUGAUAUUGACGGUUUUCGGAUUGAUUUAGAACCAGCAUAUGUUGGCUCAGUUUUGUGGAAAGAGCUAAGAGAUAGUGUAGAAAAUAUGACAGGAAAACAAAUACUAUUAAUAACAGAAUUGAUCAAUAGUCAAGGUACGCAGGCAUAUACAUUUGAUUUUACACAAAAUAAAUAUCUAUUAUUCAGUAAUACAACAAACUAUCCAGAUUUUAUGAAUGGUCUAAAUUUAGUCGAUGAAUGCUCUCGAAAUUAUGAAACCUAUGUGUCUGUCGGUAUUUCAAAUCAUGAUUCCUCACGUUAUGCUGCAUUUGGACGUCUAUCUUAUUUUGGUUAUGCAUUUAUAUUGUCACCGAUGGUGCCGAGAUUUUUUCAAGGUGAAGAAUUUAAUGCAACAUAUGACUGGUUUAUCGGUCCCAAUGUUUUAUAUUUUAACCAAUCAGAUUGGCAGCAAAACUCGUACUCAUCUAAUAUCUAUCUCAGAAAUCAAGUAAAACGAUUGAUUUCUAUUCGAAAACAAUAUAGAACAAUUUUAGCACCCUUAGAUCGUCCCUUAAAUCGUGUCAAUAUUCUAAGAAUUACACAAUAUUCAAACGAUACCAUUGAUUUAGAGCCAUACUCCAUGUGGAAUGAAGCAACAAACCCGGGUGCAUCAAUUACUGUUCUAGCAUCAAGAAAUUCAAGUGGUUUAGCUUCUUUAACAAUACCAUUACAAUCCAUGAGUUAUAACAUGACAUUAUGGUUGCAUUAUCACAUUGUUGAUUUAUUAAACCAAUCUUUGCUUUAUAUUGUUGAUAACCCAAACCGAAACCAAACUCAGAUUAACCUACACUUAAAUUUAGAUCAUGGAAGCGUUGUUCCAAUAUUAAUUCAAGGUUGUAAUACAGAUUGUUGA